AUGGACUGGGAAGGAGAGGUCAAAGCUCAUCCCGAUGAGCCUAUAGAGCUCCCCGUUGCGGUCAAACGAGAGACUGGAGAUGAAGAUGCCAAUUCUGAGCGGUGUGUCAUCUGUCUCAUGGCUCUUAGGGACAGGACAAUCGUUGGGGUCUGUGGGCACGAGUUCUGUUUUGAAUGCAUUGGAGUGUGGGCGAACCAAUCGCGGCGAUGCCCUCUGUGCUCGACAGACAUGUCUGCGUUCUUGCUGCAUGACUUGGACAGCUCGACGCCGACCAAGUUCUACCUGCCGCCGCUACCCCAGAAGAAGGUCCCAUCACUGUCCUUGCCCGGACCGUCUCGUCGGCCAAUUCUGCCCGAAGAGCGCUUACGGAUGCAAGCGGAGAAGCAGGAACUUGACGAGCUGGAUCUGCAGGUAGAGAGACGUAAAGAGAUCUACGAGCACGAGCUUUACGUCAAGCACAUCGCGAGCAAUCCGACCACGCGAUUCCGUCCGAACCCGACACCACGUCAAAUCGCAGACAAUCCUGAGCUGACACAGAAGGCUACGGCCUUCUUAAGACGAGAAUUGCGAGUAUGGAGUCUCGUAGAUGUAGAGUUCCUCACAACCCAUAUCCUUUCCCUUCUGAAGGCUAUAGAUAUCCGAUCUGAACCCGCCGUCCGUCUACUCUCCGAGAUACUCGAUACGCCCAACGGCCCCAGAUACCCGCACGGAGCAGAGCAUUUCGCUCACGAGAUCUACUCUUUCCUGCGAAGUCCUUUCAAGGAAUUGUACAAGUAUGACGAGGCUGUACAGGUGAGUACGAGUCUCGGAUCUGGCUGA